AUGCCUUCGGACAUCCUCCCUCUCCCGAGCGUCGGCAGCCAGCUGCUCAAGCUGCUGGCCAGCAGGCUGAAGCUGGACCUGGAGCUGCAGCACCUGAAGCGCGUGCGCGCCGCCGCCCUCCCCGCGCCGCCCGGCUCGCUCGAGGUGCUGCUCUGCCCCAGCGACGCCGAGCUGCCCGGCGAGGUCGCGGAGUACCUGCAGGCCAACGCCUGCGGUCCAGUGACGGCCGUUGGCGUGCCGAGGUUCGGCGCCCUGACGCGCGCCCAGCUCACGGAGUUCUCCGUGCACUGGCCCCUGACCUACCGGAAGCCUGCGCUGGAGCCGCUGGAGCUGGGCCGCGAGGCCGUGGAGGGUUAUGACCGUCUGCUGCAGCGAGCCGUGGAGCUCGGCGCAGGUGCGUGCGGCUGUGUCAUCGUCGACCCCUCUGGGAAGGAGAUCGCAGCCGCCCGGGAGGAGGCCUCGCCGCUGCGGCCGCUGCGGCACGCUGCCAUGGCAGCCAUCGAGGCUGUUGCUGCCGGUGCGCGGGCACGUGCCGAGGCGCAGGGCCCCGGGGGGAAGAGGCCGCGAGCCGAGGAGGACUACCUGUGCCAGGACUGCGAGGUUGUCACCACCCACGAGCCGUGCGUGAUGUGCGCCAUGGCUCUGGUGCACUCGCGGGUCCGCCUGAUAGUGUACCGUGCACAGGACCCAGAGUUUGCGCGCUUGCUCCGUGACACAACCCUCGACUUCGAGGACACCCCGCCCGCCCCUCGGGACUUCGAGGUGGUGGUCGGCUUUGACCCUCCCGGCGGCGGACCGCGCCCGGCGCCCGUCGCGCUCGCCGCCGCGCUGCUGCUGGCGGCGUGCGCCUGCGGCACCGCGGCCGCCUGGCGCAGGCAGCGCGGAGCUCACGGUGCGGGCGCGCCGGCGCUGACCGGGCCCUGGCGUCGCGCGGGCUACAGCGACAUGGAGCGGCAGGCCACGGAGCCGCCCGCGGAGCCCAUCGGCUCCGCUGGCCCGGCGGCGGGCCCCCGGGAGGUGGAGCAAGUGUCGAAGGGUUUCGUAGACUGUGGAAAGUUCGCAGUUGUUGGCAAUUUCCUGGUGGUUUUGGGAGACAUAGGACACUGCGAGCUGUACACCAGCGUUGGGUCAGGCGUCCUGGCAGUGCUCCCCAGCCGCUGCGCGGAGCAGCCGCGCCCAGGAGGCGCGGAGGCGGCGACCCUGGGUACGCUACGGGAGGCGCUGAGCAUGCUACAGUUCCUUUUGGACGCAGUCAUUAUCAGGCAUGCCAUCGCCAUCGUCCAGCGCGGUGGCGGGUUCGACCAGGAGGUGCACGAGGUGGCGCACGUGCUGAAGCUCCGCCAGCAGCUGGAGUUGGCCGAGGCCAAGGAGGCCAAGGCCGCCGUCGAGGUCGCGCAGGCGCUCAAGGGCCCGCUGAACAGCCUGGUCUUCCCGUUCAUCGUCAUAGACGAGGCGGCUCAGGUCAUCGAGCCCGCGGUGAUCUUGCCGCUCGGCAAGGGGGCUGUGCAGGCGGUCAUGGUCGGGGACCAGUGCCAGCUGCCCGCCACGGUGCUCAGCCAGGAGGCGCAGGCCCAAGGCCUGGACGUGUCCAUGUUCGACCGCCUUCUGUCGAUGGGGAUGGAGUACACGCUUCUGACCCACCAGUACAGAAUGCACCCGGCGAUCAGCGCCUUUCCGUCAUGGCGCUUCUACAGGGGCGAGCUGAAGAAUGCAGUGACCGACGGCGAGCGACCACUGCCCGACGGGGUGCCCUUCCGCUCGAAUCUGGUGUUCCUGCACGUCGACGCCAUCGAG